AGUAAAAUGGAUUCUACCACCCGUGCCUUAUGUGGCUUCUUCGAUUUGCAGGUGGGGGAUCUGAGUGCAAGCAUAAACCAGGGUGCGUGAUCUGACGGGAAACACGAAAAUUAUUGCCAAAUUGAGCGGUACUUUGUCGGAAUUUGCAGUCAAAACAUGGAGCUGUUAGGAUUCGACUUGUCUGUGACUUGGCUGCUGGUCAUUGGUUUCGUUCUCAUAGCAGUUUGGUAUGAUUGGUGGUGUCACCAGUAUUUCCAGAGGUGUGGUAUUCCUGUAGCGGACUACAUUCCUUUCUUUGGAAACAUACUGCAAUGGCGUCAUGGAAUCCAGACGACUUUUACCGAGUAUGUGAAGAAACAUGGACGAGUCGUCGGGAUGUAUGAUUUCCGACGUCCAGUUCUGAUUAUCACUGAUCCAGACAUUUUGAAAAAUGUCUUGGUCAAGAAUUUCUCAAGUUUCUACAACCGCAGGAAAUUGCCACUCGGGCAAAAGCCCUUAAACAGAGGCUUGAAUCAGCUUUUGAACGAAGAAUGGAAAGAGAUACGCAACGUCAUCACUCCGUCAUUCAGUGCCUCCAAAAUGAGACUGAUGUCGGAGACGAUCAAUGAAUGUUGUGAUACCUUGGUGGCAAGUUUAAGCAAGGCCCAGGAGGGAGGAAAAGCCGCCGACUGCAGAGUGUUGUUUGGUGGUUUCACCAUAGACGCCAUUGCCAAGUGUGGAUUCGGCCUCAAAGUUGACUCCCAGCAGAACAAGGAUGAUCCUUUCGUCAAGAAUGCAAAGAAGGCCUUCGAUUUCAACCUGUUCAAUCCCGCUUUCAUGAUCGUUUCCGCCUUCCCCACUCUGGCACCCAUCUUUGCUUAUCUCAAAUUUGACCUGUUCGACCCGGAAGUUGUUAAAUUUUUCUUGAACGUCACGGAGGCCGCCUGCAACAUGCGCAAACAGGAGGGUCAGGAUGCGUCAAAGCACAUCGAUUUGCUGCAGCUGAUGCUGAACGCCCACGAAGACGAGGAACACGAGGAGGAAGACACGCCCACCGCAGAGAGCGGUCAGAAAAAGGGCGCCGCCCAUCGCAAACCACUGUCAACAGUGGACGUCAUGGCACAGGCUAUCACCUUUUUCCUGGCUGGUUACGAGACUACCAACACACUGCUGAGCUUCACUGCCUACCUGCUGGCUACCAACCAAGACGCGCAAGAGAAACUGCACGCUGAGAUUGACAACCUCGCUCCCACACGUGACAACCUCGGCUAUGACGUCAUCGCCAAGAUGGAGUACCUGGACAUGGUGAUCAAUGAAUCACUGCGCAUGUAUCCCCCAGCAGUCAUAUUUGAUCGUAUGUGUAAUGAGACAAUUACAUACGAAGGUCUUACCAUCGAAAAGGGUAUAAACGUGUUCGUCAGUCUCUGGACCUUGCACUACGACGAGGAAUUCUGGCCGAACCCGACUAAAUUUGACCCGGAAAGGUUCAGCCCUGAGAACAAGGACUCCAUCAAACCAUGCACCUACAUGCCGUUUGGCUUUGGUCCUCGUAACUGCAUCGGUAUGCGCUUUGCCUUGCUGGAAGCCAAGAUGGCGCUGGUCCGUGUACUGCAGCAGUAUCGCUUCGAUGUCUGCUCUGAAACCGAGAUCCCACCCAAGCUCGGUAAGAUUGGUUUCCUUGCUCCGAAGAGUAUGAAGCUCAGUGCAGUCCCAAGAAACUAGGCAGCAACCACGGACGAUAGAAAGAGAGACUUCUCUCUGAUCUCUGCCUUAAGAUGAUUUAAAGACGUUCAUGUUAUAAUGUCAUUAUGUUUUCAUCCAUCCCUCAUUUGGUAAAAUGUUAGGGUUAGGCAUGUGUGCCACUUUUGUGGAAUUAAUAGCAGCAAGUUAAUUUUGAAGCUCCAUACUCUUCGAUGUAUUUUGCUCGUAAAAAGCUACAUGUACAUAGAAUUAGUUGGUAAAAAUAUUUCUUGGUCGUCAUUUACUUGAAUGCCUUUCAAUAGUUUUCUUAGCUAUUGAUUUAUUAUAAAAUACAUCUGUAUUUUCAGACUGCGGUAUCUGUUCUGGAAUCAUGUUUUUAGGGAAACCAAGACAAAAUUCGUGUCAACAAAAUAUGACAUUUUACCCCAAAAAGUAGUUUAGUUUAAAAUGCCUUUACUUACUUGCUGGAAUAGAUAUAAAAAGCGGUGUAGCUAGGGGUUGAGAUAUGGGUUUCAGUUCUAUUCAAUGUCGAAUUUAUUUUGAUGAAAACUAUUUUUUAGUACAAAUUUAAUAGUUAUUUGAGUCGGCAAGAAUUUCAGCACUUUGAUAAAAUAAAUUGUGUGCCUCACUUUAAUACGCCUUUCAUCUCGACAACAAAGAUAAUACUAAGAUUAAUGUUUAAAUACUUUCUUGUACUUUUUGUUGCAACUUUGCAUAAUGUCACGUACUUAAAAUAUCUAUGUUGGCCCGUUCGGUAUAAUUCAAAAUUUUGUAAGUGUAAAGGCUGUGUGUUUCAGGGUAGAUAUUUUACAUUUUCAUAUUUUUUAAUAAAUCGAAUUGUUUUUUAACUUUGUAUGAUUGUACAAUACAUCAGUGUUGCUGACAAUAUUCAUCGGCAUUGAGUACCGUUGUGGAAAUUAGAUUAUAUUACUAUAUAGCUUUAUGUUUUACUGAUCUUUACAAUACUAAUAUUUGUAUGAUGUUUAUAUUUACACUGUUCGACAGGUGUCUUUUAACAUCACCGUUGUGAUUUUAGUAGAGAUUAUGAGUAAAGGGUUAGAGGCCACGAUAAUUGCUAAAAGUUCAAUUGCAACAAAAACUGACAAGAAAUUAUGUACUGGUCACACACUGUGUACUUACACAUAAAUAAUCAUGUUUAAACAUAAUGGUCAAUUGAGGUGCUCAAUAGCCAUUAUGUUUCAGGCAUUCAACUUUUCCUCGGAUCAGCUGAUUUCCUCCUUUUUUACUUCCCAUGUGUGUCAUUGAAAAUAGAAAAACACUGUACAAGGUCUUGGAAAGAUUUGAAUUUCCUCUUUUUUUGUGACUUACAAGUUGCAUGCCUGUAUGUUUGCCCAUCAGCUUACAGGAACACGGUUGAGUAUUGCAUCAGUCGAAAAUUGCAUAAGCCAAAAAUUGCAUAAGCCAUACUGCAUCUUCUUAUCCGUGCAUUGAACUCUAAAAUUAUGUUUGUACUCUAAAAUUACAUUUGUCUUUGCAAGACGAUUACAAAAUAAUUAUAGAUUAAGACCAUUAAGACAACAAUGGUCCGUAAGACUUGAUAAAUAAAACGGCUUAUAGAGUUCUUUUCUUCGAAA